CCUUCCUUCCCGUCCCUGUUUGCAUCAAGCUUCCCGUUUCUGGGUAAAGAUAAAUACCUGGCACUCCGCUCCGCUUGCUUCACCACCCUCAAGCAAAAACAACAACACCACCUCGGAGCAUCCAUCCAUCAACAUCAUCAUACCACCUGGUGAUCUUCGACCUUGCCUGUCGCACCGUCUCCUCAUCGCACUCUUCGGUAUCCGUCUCAAUUCAUCCAUAACUUCAGAUAUCAUCCAAAAUGCGAUCCACACUCGCCUUUCUCGCCCUGGCCGUUUCGGCUGUCACGGCUCAGACUACUACUGUCCAAGACUACGAUAGCUCCCUGAACAUGACCAUUGACCCAGGCACUGUUGAGUUCGGAACACGAGCCGGCUGGUGCAAUGCUCAGCAGGACACCUGCGAUACCCUUUGCAAGGACGACACCGAGGAGAACGACUGCACUGCGGAAACCCUCGUGUGGGAAUGUGCCUGCAGUUCCAACAGCUCCACUCCCGGUCUCCAGUACUACACGCAGACCAUGCCCACCUUUAUCUGCCAGGAGCUCUUCGCCCAGUGCAUCUCGCAGAACGCCGGCAGCCAGAGUGGUCAGCGGGACUGCAAGUCCAAGAUCCAAGCCCUCUGCGCCACCCAGUCGCCUCCCAAGAACACCGCCAGCGACGACGAUGAUGACGAUGCCACGACCACCCUUACGAGUGCCACCCGAUCGGCCACCGGGACGGCUGCCAGCGCCUCUGCUACUGAAGACACGGUAACCUCGACCAGCUCUGAUGGCUUUGCUGCCCCUACUAUGGCGCCAGCGGGCGGUGCUGCUGCGGCUGCUGCUGCUCUCGGCAUGCUGGCCUAUCUGCUCUAAUGAGCGAAUGAGGUUUACGCAUGCGGUGCUCGAUUGGCAGCGCCACAACACAGGUUCUAGCACAAACACGUGCUGGGCCCAUGGGUGCCAGGUGAACGUCGUUUACUCGAACGCCUGUUUUCACUUCUCGUACCCAUUUUUGUUACCAAGUACACAUUUUUUUCAGACAUGCAACGCGAUACCUUUGACGAGUAAAGACCCGACGAUGGAAGCUUCCCUCGAGGCUUGGACGAGGUAAUGACACGCUCAGGCGUAUUGGACUGAUGGUUGACGGAUUGAAUGCUUCAUGCUGCGGCAGUACGACUUUCUGCUUUGUGCUGCCCUCUGGGUAAUACAAAGGGAAAGUCGUACUUUGGGGUGGUGGAUGUUUUGUGCUUUAUUUUUAGUUUUUUUCCAAUUCAAUCAUAGCAAGAGGCGAAAGGGAGUAGGAAAACUUCAUAUUGAACAAGGAACAAAGAAACCUUUGGCUUUCA